ACACACACACACUAAACCACACACACACACACACUACACACACACACACACACACACACACACACACACACACGUAGUGUUUCCAUGUUUUAUGGGGACUUUCCAUAGACAUAAUGGUUUUUAUACUGUACAAACUUUAUAUUCUAUCCCCUAAACCUAACCCUACCCCUAAACCUAACCCUCACAGAAAACAUUCUGCAUUUUUACAUUUUCAAUAAACAUAAUUUAGUAUGAUUUAUAAUCUGUUUUCCUCAUGGGGACCGACAAAAUGUCCCCACAAGGUCAAAAAUUUCGGGUUUUACUAUCCUUAUGGGAACAUUUGGUCCCCACAAAGUGAUAAAUGCACGCUCACACACACACACUACACCACACACACACACUACACCACACACACACACACACACACUACACCACACACACACAGCUACACUAAAUACCAACAAACAAAAUGCAGCAAUCAGAAAUGCAGCUGACAAGCAUUACACAAACUGCCACACUCUAUGGUAAUGAUUCACUAAGAACUGGCUCGUUAGAGUCAUUUGAUUGGGACAAGGACUACACUCGAUGCAAACAUGUUCAUUAGAGAGAUUUAUUCAGUAAUCAGGCUACAUUGACAGUGCUGCAUGUUUUUGAUUCACUAAAAAGAACCGGCUCAUAAGAGUCAUUUGUUUGGGAAUCAGGCUACACUUGUAGUGCUGUGUGUUUCACACUGUAGAUUCAAAAGAACCGACUCGUUAGAGUCAUUUACUCAGUGAUCAGACUACACUGGACAUUAACCGGUUCAUUAUAGUGAUUCGUUUAUCUGCCAGUUGAAAAUCUUAAGACUGAUCGAUUAGUAAUAAAACAGCAAAUCUCUCCUCAACACACUAUGGACAAAAGUGUUGUUUACACUAAUCUAAUGAGAUAUGUUGAAUUAGUAAACAGAAGACAUAAUGUCUCAUAAUGACACAUAGCGAUUGGUUUACAGUCCUGCAUGUGCAGUUGAUGAUAUCUCUCAAAUGAAUUAGCCGAGCGUCUGUAGGAUAUUUAUUCAUUCAAGAUCUUAGUUGAAAACUUUGUUUUUUCUUUCUCUCUCACUCCAUUUCUUUGGCUGUGACGCAUCAGCAAAAUUCACAUGCAAAACUCGAUUUGCAUUUCUUGACAUUAGUGGCAAAAGUAGACUAGCCGAAGCGUCCAAAGGCCAUUGUGACGUCAUCGCCGGCAGUUACAUUUUGCAUGCCAAACAUCUGGCGGGAAUCUUCGCGCCUUGGUGUGGUGUAAUGAUGUGGGCUCAGGGUUGUUACCGGAAGGUUACGGGUUUAAUCCCCGCAGAAGUGAGCUAUGAAGUCACUUAAAGGGACAGUUCACCAUCCAUCCAUCCAUCCAUCGUCAACCGCUUAUCCUGUGUACAGGGUCGCGGGGGGCUGGAGCCUAUCCCAGCUGGGACAGUUCACAUCAAAUCUAAAUCAGUAUGAUGUCAUUUUUCCAUGGAACAUAAAAUGUUUAGAAAGGUCCAGGAUUGCAGUCUCUAAUCUGGGAGCGCUGCUUCUGGAAUAUCCUGCAGAGAGAUUGAAUGGAAUGGAAUGGAAUUUGAAACGUUUUAGUGAAAAAUGUUGCCAUGGUAAAUGUGUUUUUUGCAGAAACGUUUCAGAUUUUGUUCCAUUCUCCGCUGCUGGAAAACAACGUGGAUGUGAACGUUGGAUGGAGCGGACCCGGUCGACUGGAACUGAUUAUCAGAGAGUAUGUGUGUGUGUGUGUGUUAGUGUGUGUGUGUGUGUGUGUGUGUUGGUGUGUGUGUGAGGCAGAAAUGAUGGCAUGUUACAAGUGGAAUGUCAGUGUGGGAAAUCGGAGGAGUUAAUCUCUUCCAUUGGGAAUUGCUGCUCAGGGAUUCAGCAAAAAUAGGAGUUUACAAAUAUCUGAACACACACUCUGUAUUAGUCUAUUUUUCACGAUAAUGAUCGUGGUCAUUUCUUAUUGAAGGCAGAAUGAGAUUAGAUGUUUUAUUCAUAACACUCACAAUCAUCUCAGAGUAACUGAUCAUAUGAGUGUCUGGAACACAUUCACAUCAUUACAAACAAAUCCCUGAUGACUUUCUUCCUCGUUGCUUCCUCUCCUUCUCUUUUGGUCAUGUUUUAACCAUGCUUUAUUUCACUGUAGUAACAGAUUAUCUGCAGGUAACUGUUCAACAUCACACGACUGACAGUCAUACACACCUGUGAUAUCAUGAGGGCGGUGUGAUGAAGAGUGAGUAAUGAGCUGCCUGUGAGGAAUGUCCUUCUGUCUGCUACUGGCCCUCCUCACACUGACCGCACACACACAGGUGACCUCUGGAAAAUCUCUGAAACUGCUUCAGGAACAAUGGAGGACAUACACCAAUGACUGCAUUCAGAGCUUCAUCAGCACACCACCAGCAUCAGGUUUGGUGUGUAACAGGACGUUUGAUCAGUAUGUGUGCUGGACCGAUGGGUCCCCGGGCACAACAGUUAAUGUGUCCUGCCCAUGGUAUCUGCCCUGGUACCAGAAAGUUCAGCGGGGGUUGGUGUAUCGUGUUUGUGGUGCUGAUGGUAAAUGGGCUCACGGUAAAAACACCAGCGAGUGUGAACAGGACGAGCCCGGACAGAAGCAGUACGGUCAGAUCCUCAGUAAAUUCAGAGCCAUGUACACCAUCGGGUACUCCCUCUCUCUCGGAGCACUAAUUCUCGCCCUGGGCAUUCUAGUGACCUUCCGGAAGUUGCAUUGCAUGAGGAACAACAUCCACAUGAAUUUGUUCGGCUCCUUCAUCCUGCGAGCGCUCUUCAUCCUCAUCAAAGACGCACUGUUGGACAAAAUGAACAGCGCUCCAACCGGAUCGCAUCACUUUCAGGGUCAGCACUGGGUCAGUGUGCAGACUACUGCUGGAUGUCGUGCUGCCAUGGUGAUGAUGCAGUACAGCGUCAUGGCAAACAACUAUUGGCUGCUGGUGGAGGGCUUGUAUCUGCACAGUCUCCUGGUCACCACCGUCUUCUCCGAGAGGAAUUACUUCUACAUUUACCUGUUCAUCGGCUGGGGUGCACCGCUGAUAUUUGUGCUGCCUUGGGUCACACUCAAAUACCUGUAUGAAAAUGAAGAAUGCUGGGAAAGGAAUAUCAACAUGGGCUACUGGUGGAUAAUCCGUUCCCCCAUUCUAUUUGCAUAUCUGAUUAAUUUCUUUAUAUUCAUUCGCAUAAUAAAGAUUCUGAUGUCCAAGCUAAAGGCCCAUCAGAUGAGAUACACGGACUAUAAAUUUAGACUGGCUAAGUCAACUCUCACACUGAUCCCGUUGUUGGGAAUUCAUGCUAUCCUCUUCACCUUCGUCAUCGAUGAGUCCGUGCCUAAACAAUCUCUUCUGAGACUCAUCCGCCUCUUCUAUGACCUCCUCUUCAGCUCCUUCCAGGGUCUGCUUGUUGCCAUUCUGUACUGCUUUGUGAACAAAGAGGUCCAGAGCGAGAUGUUGAAGAAGUGGAAGAGAUGGAAACUUGGGAAGGACAUUGAUGAGGAAUACCGUAACACCUACAGCCAGACGGCCCAUGCUAAGAGUGCUAGUAUCGCCUUGGUGAUGACCCAUGAAUGCCCUGAGACCCCCGAACUGCUGGACUCAGCCUCACCCGCUGCAGAAUCUCACCAUCUGGUGAGUGGCUUUCAGAAUGGUGUGAGCCGAAACAGGGGCAGAGCGAGGCUGCAGUUGACCUCCGAACCACAAGAGGGCGCCAGUAACUGCAGCUCCCUUUCAGAAGACAUUUUUUUCGAGGAGCGGCAGCUAAACAGCGAGUGUUCAGCAGUGGUAACAGAAAGCAACGUUUGAGAGAACUCCCACUUAUAGGCGCCCUUGCGUGUCUGUUCAAGAGACUGAAGUUGUAGGAUUGAUGGCAUAAAAUUAAAUACUAACUAGUGGAGACAAAAUGACAUUGCAAAAUCAGCCAUCUCAUUGCCAAACAUGGACUCAAUUAUGACAAAGCAGGGAGCUGCACCAGGGAUCUGGUAACCUUUAAGCCCGAGUCAUACUCUAUGCAAGUAUGUGAAUGCUGCUACGCAAGCUCAGUUUCAUGCAUCGUUGCAUUCCAUAUGUCAGACCGCAAUUUAUACCACAGUACACAUUGCAUUCUCAACAAGAGGUGCUAUGGCGGACAUUAGUGUGAACUGUCUGCUUUAUGAAGUCCGCUACUGUCAUGUUGGAGCAACAGUUUUAAGAGAAUCUCACUGAGAAAGUAAGUUAAAAUCAAUAUAUUUAUAGAUGAAUGGUGCAGAUUACCUGAAUAAUAACAAUGGCACAGAUUUUUGAGGGUAACUCUAUCGCCCCCUUAACAACAGAGAUUUUAACGCCGUAGUAACACAAGGGUGCAUGUUUAGGAUGUUCAACCAGGCCGCACGUUGACUGAGCGCUCCCAUCUGCGUCCACGUACUUGCGUAAAGUAUGUUUCUGGCCUUAAAGACGUUAAAGUCUCCUGAGAUGGUAAAUACCCAAUAUUAUUAUUGAUUAUUGGUGAGGUUUGUUCUAAACCCCGAACCCUAAGUAUUAAACUGUAACUUGUCAAAAAGGAUAGGUGCACUAUAACCUGUUGAAGCAUCCAGACUGUUGGACGAUUCAAUUAGUGAACAAAAAGCAUAGAUUUACACUGAAGACCAUUAUGUCAUAGAAACUUAGAGGUGAGCUCUUUUGACUUGGGGAAAAUGUCAAUAUUUUGACAGUGAAUUUUACAGCCUGAUCGCAUGAAAAUAACGUAACUGUGGCGACAUUUUUGCUAAAUAAUAUUACGUGGUUCCUUAAAUGUAUCACAGCAUUUCCGAGGUGAAAUGUCCACUGUGUGGUGCUAAAAGAGAGUAAAAUACUCAAACAGAUGAGGUUUUUAAGGUUAAUGCUCUAUUGAAUUUGAAAUCAACAAAACCGACCUCCCUACCCUAAACCUUGCGCCUAAACCUAAGGUGUCAGAGAAAGCUAAUAUGAGACGAAAAACACAAUUGCUGAAGCAACCGUGUCAUGAUGUUGUGCUACUAUGGCACUUUUUAAAUUUUUUUGGAUGUACUUAAUCCUUCGAGAUCACUUCAAUGCACAGAUCAGAGGUCGGUGAUGGUUCCGUGCUUUUGCGAUAGCUGCCACAAAACUGGAACAGUCUACCCAUCUACAUCAGAACUGAUUCAAUGCUACAUGAUUACAAGUUAAAAACCUUCUGGCAUUGACUUUCAGCUCACGUGCUCUUCAGGACUCGUACCCGGUCCUUUGCAUUGCAAGUGCAACACUUUAUCAGCUGAGGUUCGGUACAAUUUGAUCACACUGGAAUAAGCUCACAAAUGUAAUAGGUUAUGUAAUGCAAUUCUUAAAUCGUAUCACCGUGCAAGGCAUGUCCUAUAGUUAAAGGUUUUUGAAGUCAUAAGAUAGCUUCGUUUGAGCAACAGGGCGAAAAGUAAAUGUUUAAAAGUCGUUGUUGUAGCGCCUCUAGUGUUCAUUUCACCAGGAACUGCCAUGAUACAUACAACAAGCCACGUAAAAACAAUUGAUCAAAAAUCUUGGUAGACUAACGUGAUACUAUGUUAUGCACUGGCAAACCCCAAAAGUCACAUUUUCUUUACAAGAGACCUAUCUAACAUGCUGUCAUAGUCUGGAGAAACUUUACAAUUGAUGUUUUGUAUUUGAGCCAAUCAGUUCCUCUAGAGGAAAUGCCAGUGGAAUCACUUGGCUGUUUACCUGCUUAGGAGUUAAAGCAGCUUUCAUUGAGUCACCGUUUAAGACAAUCUCACCAACACAAAUGCUGACAGACAUAUAAACGAGGAGGAAUGAACUCUGAGCCAUCUGACUGUACAUCCAUAAUUCAGGUCCAAUUUCACGGAACACUCAACUGCAUAAACUCUCCAAAACUCACCAAAUCCAGCUGAGCUCGACAUUUCAUAUGGGAUGCUCAGUUUGUUUUAUGAUCACUUGAAUGCAUUUCUUAAGCAUACAGCUACUGUGGUUACUGUGGUUUUUCACUAUUGCUCGAUCCACAAAUAGACAACAACUUCUCUGGAGUGCUGUUCUAACCCAAACACAACGACAAAUCAUGGGGACAAAAACAGAACUCAUCAGAGAGAUCUUGGGAAUGUUCCUUAUAGUUCCCUUGUGAGACAAAGAGGCUUUUGGGAUUGUAAAGCACCUCAGCAUUAAGAAUGACUGUCAGAAACAUUAUUUAUAACAUGCUUAACUAUUCCAUAUUUGGGUUGUAUAUUUGGCUAAAAGCCAUGCCAUUUCAAUUUUCAAGUCAAAGCUGAAGAAAUGACAGUCCUUGUUCAUGAUGCAUUAUCUGCAAUCUGUUAGACAUGUUGCCAACCAUUUGCAAUUAUUAUGUUUAGAGUGUUAAAGAAAGGUUAAAGGUGAAGUGUGUAAUGUUUAGGGGUGCAAGCACCAAAGGUACUGGAACUCUGUUGUAUUCAUACUGGUUUAUUUAUUUUCUUCUACUUCCUUUUCUGCCCUAUUAGUGUCUGGGCAGCGAAAACCAUAAGUCCUAGAGAAAACUAAUUUGGUAGGAUGGUCCCAAAUCCCCCCUCUACUCAGGUGUGCACACACACACCCAUCCGACACUAGAUAGCACUUUAAUAGACACUUUUAUGUUUUCGCUAAUAUCUCCGCAAACAUAUGGGCUAUAAUCUACAUUUUCUUCUGAUUCCUUGAGUCAAGUCAAGAACAAAAUGUUUAUGUCCAAUUUAAUUUCCAUCUAUAAAAUGUUUCCAUCAUUUUGAGUUUUCUGAAAAAAUGACUUUCUAGUACUCAUACAAGACUAUUGGGCCAAUUUGCCAAAUGGUUCAGAAGAUGAAGGUCUGAAUUGAUGAAGGUGAAUUGGGCUCAGCCAAAAAAAUUUUUUUUUUGUCAUGAUGGUCUGUACGUGAUACAUGUAAAAUUUAGGGCUAAUUGGAAUAAUGGUCUAGGAGGGUUUUUUGAAAACUAAAAAUGGCCAGAAUGCCAACAAAGCAUUUAGCGUUCUCAGUAAGGAAAUUGCUUUACUCCAGAUGGAUCUGUUUCUUCAAAUUUGGUCAUUUUCUACACUUCUCCAUAUUGUUCAGACCCUGAUAAUUGCAGCUUGUGUUAUUAUUUCUGUUAUAAUACUUGUAACAUAGUUCAAUGGAAAGGAGGCAAGAACUGGCUCGGCAAUAUAAAUUAUAUUUUAAUUAUGAACUUAAACAAAAGACAACAACACACACACACAUGACGGACAUGUCCGUAAACGAUCUCUCUUCCUGCACCAACGGGGGACCGGGUGUGUAGAAUCAACACUCGGCCCCGCCCUCCGCCCUGCCCUCACUCGGCCCUCUCUCGUUCUCUCAGGCUGGGGAGCCCCCGGCAUGACGUACACCCCCCCCCCCCUUUCCCUGGGGAGGGGCGUGCCUUCUGCCGGUAGGUCAUCCCUGUGUACCUGGACGAGGGAGGGGACAAGAGGAGGGAAACAGAAAUAAUUAAAUAGGGGGGGUACUUCCUGUAACAGUGUAGUACCCCCUAAAAAAACACUGUAAAAUUUAAAUGAGAGGGAAAAGGCCAAUGCGGAGCGGCAGUGAGAGAGAGAGAUGAAAAAAAAAGAAAACGUACUCACCAGUUCUCUGAUACACCGUCGCAUGGUCCUUGAUCACUCCUCCACCCUCUCAGACGUAUGACAGCCGCUCCUCUCCGAGCGGACUGGAGUCAGACCCAGGACCCCCGGCGGAAAGAACACCCCUCCGUGUUCAUGGCGACUCCUGGGGACACUCCUCCGCCCCUGGCAGUGGCCCUAUCACUCCAGGCGGUCGGGGAGUCACUUCCCUCCUCCCCUCGCGGACGGCGGUCUUCUGUCGACCCCUCCGCGUUUCUGGGGGAUGGCAGGGCACUCCUCCGCCCCUGGCUGCGGCUCCAUUGCUCCAGGCAGUCGGGGAGUCCAGUCCGCACUCGCCUCGCGGACGGCAGCCGUUCACCGCGUCCAUGCGGUCUGGCUUCUUCCUCCCCGGCGGAUGGCAGCGGCUCUCCCCCGGGUAGACGGCAGUGUCGAGGACUCCGCGACGGGCAUCCCUUCUCCUUCCCGGGUUUCGGCACCAGUGUAACGCAGUUCAAUGGAAAGGAAGAGGCGAGAACCGGCUAAUAUAAAUAAUAGUUUAAUAUAAAACUGAAACAAAAGACAAACACACACACGACGAACAUGUCCAUGAACGAUCUCUCUCUCCCGCACCAUCCUCCGCAGUCGGCCUUUAUCCCUCUCGGAGGCUUGAUUAGCCUGAUAAGGGACCGGGUGUGUAGAAUCACGACCCGGCCUCGCCCUCUGCCCUGCCACAAUACUUUUUUGUAUUCUAAUUUAAUAUGCAAAGACAACUAAAUGUUUAUUCCUUCGAUAAAUUAAACUCUACGGUGCUUUUUAACUUACAUUAGGUGUGUGCAAUUGUUUACCAAAUGUUUGCAAUUCCUUUUGGCGACACUAGCAGUGCAGAAAUUUCACACUUCAACUUUAAAAACUGACAGCAAAAUGCGACUUGUGUAACAUCUUACAGGGUUGUGUUGUGAAGCUUAAAUUAUGUAUAAUGCAUCAUAAACAUGGAGCUUCGUAUGGAGUCUAAAACGUCCUGUGAUUGAAUGCUUCAUUUGAAUGUUUUUUUUCCCCAUGUUUUAUGUGAAGAGUUUAUAUCAAAAUGAAUUUAAUGUUCAGUUAUGGUAGAUACUGUAUGUGUGUAAAUCACUUUUACUAUACUGCCUGUGAGAAGAAAAGAAAGAGUAAAGUAAAAAAAACUUAAAGAAGAACUGUAAAAAUUAAUGAUAAAAUAGAAAAUAUACUGGU